GCCUACGCCUCCGACCAGGCCCACUGCUCCGUGGAAAGAGCGGCACUCAUUGGAGGAGUGAAGUUCAAAGCCAUCCCCUCGGACGGCAAGUUCGCCAUGCGCGCGUCCGCCCUGCAGGAGGCGCUGCAGCAGGACAAGGCCGCCGGGCUGGUUCCUUUCUUUGUGGUGGCCACCCUGGGGACCACGCCCUGCUGCUCCUUCGACCGCCUCUCCGAAGUGGGCCCCCUCUGUAACUGGGAGGACCUGUGGCUGCACGUGGACGCGGCCUACGCGGGCAGCGCCUUCAUCUGCCCCGAGUUCCGGCACCUCCUGGACGGCGUGGAGGUAGGUGUGGUGAGGAAGCGCGCAGACCUGACCGGAGCCUUUAAGCUGGACCCCGUGUACCUGCAGCACAGCCACCAGGACUCGGGGCUCAUCACUGACUACAGGCACUGGCAGCUGCCGCUGGGACGCAGGUUCCGCUCCCUGAAGAUGUGGUUCGUGUUCCGGCUGUACGGGGUCACGGGCCUGCAGGCCCACAUCCGCAAGCACGUGCGGCUGGCCCACGAGUUCGAAGCUGCGGUGCAGCGGGACCCUCGCUUUGAAAUCUGCGCGGAAGUCACCCUGGGGCUGGUCUGCUUCCGGCUGAAGGGCUCCAACAAGCUGAACGAAGACCUUCUGGACAGAAUCAACGGUGCCAAGGAGAUCCACCUGGUCCCCUGCCACCUGAGGGACAAGUUCGUGCUGCGCUUCGCCAUCUGCUCCCGCGCCGCCGAGUCCGCGCACGUGCAGCGGGCAUAG